GAAUAUAUUAAUCGCAUAGCAUCAUCAGCCAACAUUUAAAAUGUAGUUAGUAAUUACCAUUCAGAAAUGUCAAUAUUUAUUAUUAGUAAAUAUAUGACUUGGUAGUGACAUUAUUUAAUUCAGUCCACUAAGUUAAAGAAAAUUGUAUUUUUCAGUUAUGUCUUGUCUUGUGGCAUUCCAGGCAGAAACUUGAACCCUGAUACGACCAUAAAAAACUACUGUACACACUCUUAAAAUUAAAGGGGCUUAACAAUGCCAUAGAAGAACCCUUUCUUCAUCUAAAUGGUUUCACAAAAAAAUCUUUUCUUCAUGGCAUCGCUCUGAAGAACCUUUAAAGGAGCCAUGAAUUAAAACCACAAUUUUAAGCCGAGAUUUUGUUGUAUAAGAGGGAAUCGUAUUCAAGCAAACAUCCUUUAAGUGUCAGACCUGAAAACGCCCUUGUUACUGAAAUUACAACUGUUAUUGACACCAGGCUCAGCGAACGCCAGGUCCUGGAAUCCACCUAUCUAUGACAGGUUGAACACCGCCUCCACAGAAAAAUAUCAAGGACUACUUCUCUAGACCCACCCACUGGUUCGCGAAUGGACUUUACCCACACAUAGUACACACUCCCGCAUUUGUGAUGAUCGACAAACUGGUAACCAUAGCGACAUGUUUUUCGGCUAAAGAUUCGUUUGUCUGUCAGUUUAAACUAAACUGCUGAUAUGCGCUGUGUUGUGUUUAUGCUCGGAAGGCUCCAUCACACAGCGCUCUUUUGCUGUGUUGCCAUGUUUGUUAUUAAUAAGCGCUUUUAUGCUUGUUGUUCGAUCUUAGAUCCAAAAGCCUCGGCACUUAGGUCUUAAUAAAUGGUCUGUUGCAGAUUUUAAGAAAUUUUAGUCUUAUAAAAUAUAUAAACAAUUUGCAUUUUAAGGUUAGUUUUUGUCUUGUCUUUAUUUGCUUAUUUUUUCUGUGAAGAUCUAGCAACCCUGUCACUUUAGCGAAGGGCUCUCGAGGGCGGCUAGCCCCGUGUCAUAUGUGCAAAGUGAGGACUUGUUCUAAGUCUUCAAUGCGGCCCACCCAUUUAAACAGAGCGUUUGACGAGACGGCCUCAAAACUCGAGUAGAAAAUAGCCUAUUACUUAUUGAUUUUGAUGUUUUCCAAUGUAAAAACCACGCGAACGUCACAAGUAGACCUCAUACAACAAUAUAAAACAAUAAACAAGCCCAGUUCAGGACACCUUUAAAGCACCUUUUUUUUAAAGUUGGCACAAAAAAAAUGUUUGGGCAGGCGUUUAUGUUACAGACAUGUUAUUUUAUGAAAUUUCCAUACACAGUUACACAGUCUUACAAAUGUACAGUAUUUCAAAUGACCACAAAUACAGAAUCCACUGCCUGUGCCCAAUAUAAAUUAUUUAAUUUAGAAGUUUAGAAUGCGUUUAUUUUCUUGAUAUGUGACUCCAUAAAAUAAAUAAAUAACAGGUGACUGUUUAUUACUUUAUUCUCAAAAAAAGACCGUAACUGAAUACCAGUUUCACCCGACUCAAAUAGUCUUCUUAAAAAUGAUAAAUGCUCUGUCAAACAUUUUUGCACUUAGGAGAAAAUGUGACACAACAUUGUUUGCUAGGGUUUCCACCCAGACAUUUGGUUCACCUCUUCAAAAAUUACUUCAUUCAUGAACAACAGGUUCACAUUAUAUUUAGGGAGAGUGUUAGGAUGCCAUCUAGAGGAGGAAAUUGCUAAUUGAUUUAACAGAGACAGGAAAUGAAAUGAAUACUCCAUCCCAAAAAUUAUAAUUCUGUCAUUAUUUACUCACCCUCAAGUUGUUCCAAACCUGGAAAAAUUCCUUUGUUCUGUUGAACACAAAGAGAGAUAUUUGGAAAAAUGUUAGUAACUGACAUCUCUGGGACAUCAUUGACUACCAUAGUAGGGAAGUUAAAAGGUGCCCUAGAACAUUUUGCUUUCCUAAAUUCUUCACAAUAUCUAAUUUUGUGUUGAACAGAGCAAAAAUAAAAAGAUACAAUCAUGGUGUCUCAGAAAUGGAUUUCAACUCUUCAAACUCUUCCACCCUAUUAUCAACUUUUACUCAAUGUGAUGUUAUCAAGACACAUCUUUUAUAUAUUCACCCAUUUUUUCUGUCAACAAAAAUGACCAAACUUGCUGUCCCUAAAUCUAAGUUUUUUAGCUCAUGACCUUGAGCCAAGACUUAGGACCAAGAUCUUCAAGGAAGCAAGUCAAAUUUGUUUACCAUCAUAACUGUCAAGAAAGCAUUUGUAGUAUUGUGCAUGCAAAAGUAUGAAUAAUGUAUGAAACAAUAAAUAUAAAUACUCUAUAAUAAUCUAUGUUUUCUCUUACUCUCUUUUUGCAGAAGAUGGAUUUCCACACAGAAGUCAUCAAUAUAAGUGAUUUUACUAUUUUUUAUUAUGAUGACUUCUACACCUACAGCUAUGAUUAUAACUAUUCUGGUGGUGAUGUGUGUGGUCCGGAGUCCAGCAUGCACUUUGAUUCCAUUUUUAUUCUAGUCUUUUACUGUCUGGCACUGGUAGUGGGGCUGGUGGGAAAUGGUCUGGUGCUUGUAGUGCUGUGGAAGAAAAGGAUGAGCUGGAAUGUCACGGACAUCUUCAUUCUUCAUCUGAGUUUAGCUGAUGUUCUGCUGCUGCUGACGCUGCCACUGUGGGCGGUAGAGGCGGUGAAAGGAUGGAGCUUUGGCACGGGACUCUGCAAACUCACAGGAGCUUUGUUCACGAUCAGUUUGCAAUGUGGUGUUUUCAUGCUGGUCUGCAUCAGUCUUGACCUCUACCUGUCAGUCAUCCACGCAGUGCAGAUGAAGCCCAUGGUGAUACAUUGUUGCUGUCUGACCAUCUGGAUUUUCUGUCUACUGCUCUCCAUUCCCAAAUGGAUGUUCCUCCAGGUCUUUGUAAAUGAUAGACAUCAAGAUAAAAAAGAAUGUGUUAGCUUGUGCCCUUCAAAAUUUUCGUAUCUGGCUCCUCGUCUGCUCUAUCAUGUGGUGGGCUUCGCUCUGCCUGCAAUAAUCCUUCUUUAUUGUUUCACUUGCAUCCUGCUGCGGUUGAAGUGUGGAUCCCAUUACAUGCAGAAGAAACGGGCCUUGCGUGUCAUUGUAGCCCUAGUACUGUCCUUUUUAAUCAGCUGGACGCCCUAUAAUAUCACCCUCAUCAUUGACACUAUCAGAAGUGCUAAUUCCAGUGACCAAACAUCGUGUGCCAACACUACAGCAUUAAAUAGAGCCCUAACAGUUACUUCUGCUUUGGGCUUUCUAAACUGGUGCAUCACCCCAGUGCUUUACGCUUUCGAGGCCGGAACGUUUCGGAAGCACCUGCUGGUUUAAUUAAACUUUCAUAGAUUACAGAACACAUGGCAAAAUUUGUGAUAUUUUUGGGAUUUGUAAAUACCAAAUCAGCAUAAACCCACCAGAAACAAUAUGUUUCAGAUAACUGAUGCUGGUGCAGUGAAACACAUUUUACAAGAUGCAUACAUACAUUUCAGAAAGGCAAAUAAGAUUUUUUUUCUGCAAGAUAUUAGCUGGAUCCACUCUGGGCUGUUAAAAUGGAAAGUGUUAACAAAUGUUUGGUUUUGUGUGUUUAUACAGAAGAGUUGGUUCUUAGCAAUUUAGUCCAAAGUUAGAAUGUUGUUCUAAGAAAGUUGUUCCUGAGAAUUGUUUUCUAACAAUUGCUUGUUUUUUUGUUUCGUUUUCCUGUUUUCUUAGGAGGCCAUCAAUGUUUUUAAAAUCUCCUUUGCUGUUUAAUGAAAGAUAUUAAUCUAACAUAUGCAUAAUUUUGUUCAAUGACUUUAAUAAGCUCUAAAUCUAACUUUUUACUUUAAGUUAUGCACAGCUACAGGAGGUGUUUCUUUAUAAACUGCAAUAAAUCCACUAAAAGAUCAAAUACGUUACUGUGUUAAUGUGCGUCUUUUGAAAGAUUUCAAUACCAACAAAUAAAAAGAAAUAAAUGUAUUCAUUUAUUAAUAUAUUAAAUGCGAAAACCUCACAUAUAAUAUGUAACAGGCUGGUUUUGGAGAUCAAACCCCCCCAGAAAAAAAAUUACUUUACUCAAAAUGACCACGAGAUGUCACCUUAACGGCAGUUGUCGCACGUUAUAUUUGCACAAGACAUUAACUCACCAGUGGUGUGAUCCAACGUGACUCAGCAAUCAAAAGUUGACAAACCAGUCUAAGCAGACAUGUCAAAAUAUUUGUGUAGAUGUACAUGCAAUGUAUUCUGUCAUUCCUUACCUCACCCACAACGUCUGUAGUACACACUAUUCUAUUUUCUUAGGUAGUUAGUUACUGGUCCAAAACAAAAAC